AUAAAAGGGGGGUGAUGCAACCCGGGCGAGCGGCAGAGGAGCGGGGAGCCGAGGGAGCUGCUCUCCCGCAGGAGGCGGCGGAGCAGCGCGGACCGCAGCGCGGCGGGGCUGCGGAGCCCCUUCCCUCCUGCCGGGAGAGCGGCGGCCGAGGGAGAAAGCAAAAUGAUGGUCCAACACUCAGGCCAGGUAUCUGCAUUAGAAGUCAGCGCCUCCGCAAUUGUUCCCACUUUGUCCCCUGCAGGGUCACUGGGGUUUGAUGAUUUCACAAAUUUAACCCCCCUGGUGAAGGAGGAACUGAGGUUUGCCAUUCAGAACAAGCGUCAGUUCCACAGGAUGUCUUCCACUUUGGACACAGUGACUGUUUCUGAAAGGCCAGUUGAAACAUCAAUGCUGAAAACAGAGUUUUCUCCUGAAGAGGAUGAAAGAAAAAAGAGAAGAAGGGAGAGGAAUAAAAUUGCUGCGGCGAAGUGCCGAAACAAAAAGAAGGAAAAAACAGAAUGUUUGCAAAAAGAAUCCGAGAAGCUGGAAACCAUCAAUGCAGAGUUGAAAGCCCAGAUUGAGGAGCUGAAGAAUGAGAAGCAGCAUUUGAUAUACAUGCUCAAUCUGCACAGGCCCACGUGUAUAGUCCGUGCACAGAACGGAAGGACACCUGAAGAUGAAAGAAAUCUUUUUAUUCAACAGAUCAAAGAAGGCACAUUACAAGGUUAAGUGAUACGGCAAACGUGGAAAUAUUUAAAAUGUUUUUAACAGCUACCAGAAUCCGUGGGGGAGUCUGAUAUAAUGUGUAGGAUUCUAUUAGUCAAGAGCCUUUAGGAAGGGCAGAUUGCUUUCAUGAGUGGAAAGAAUCAUUUUGGCUUGGCAGUUAUUCUUGCCCUUGGAAGAUCUGGUCUCAAUCAAAUUGAAGAGCCUUCUGCCUCCAAUGUAGGGUUUGCACCUGUCAUACUUGCUGUUCCUAGGAGCUACAGACAACAGCUUCUGAAGUUUUAGCUCUGCUAGUAUACAGUAUCUGCACUCACGAGGUUUGUGCUAGAACACUAUGACUUCCAGCGAUGCACGGGGCACAGACAGCUGUGCUGGAUGGACACUGCUCUUCCUUGCUGCUGGUAGGGAAAGAAGACUGAGUAUUUUUGAAUUUCCAAGAGGAUGGUUUCUGGCAGAAUGUACUGAUGUGUAAUGUUGCAUUCUAACCUAAUACACACACACACACACACACACACACACACAAAAAAAAAAAAAAAAAACAAACAAAAAAACAAAAA